ACCACCAUUUAUAGCGCAGCUAUCGCGAAACGUUAUAGUCUGCAUUAAACACUGCAACUUUGCGACUUUCAGCUCAUUUUUAUUAGGGGAACGUUGGCUAGAAAAUUUGCCAAAUGAAUAAUAUAUAUGACAACACUGACGGUGAAGAGGAACUGAACUUUCAAUUACUUUUUCUGUACAACCAACAAGGCAAUGACUUACCCCCAGAUGACCCAACUGAUGAAUCAGGUGUUCCCUCGAACCAUGCCAUCAAUCGAACGUCCCCCUGUAUUCAUCAAGACCCAUACGGUGAUGAGUCGGUCGCUCAACUCUCUCACCUUCUUACCUGCGAGCAAUCUGAUCUCAGACAAUCAUAUGGGCACUCCCCAUCACUCGCCGCCCACCCUGGUGCCUUCCAAGGCAACAGCCCAAGAAUUGAGAUCACUUGUUCUGACCUGCACCAUCAUCGUGACCAUGUCCACACCACCCCUCUGGACAUCGAUCGCCCCAUGUUGACCGUGCCGGGGUACGACAUGCCCUACAGGGAGAACCAAUGCCUCAGUCCGGCUAGUAGCACCUCCUCUACUAGUUGGCACUCGGAUGGAUAUUCCCCUGGAACAUAUUCCCCUUGCAUCUCUCCUGGCGGUGGAGGAAGUUUGGUUGGAGUGACGGAAGCCGACCUUUGCCCGAGGCUUCAGGCCAUCCAAGCGUCUGGUUCUCCUAACACGUCCCCUCGCACUAGCAUCACCGAAGAGACCUUCCUGGACCGCCGAUCAUCUUCCCCACGUCCAGGUUCCAGGUCGGCUUCUCCACAGGGCAAACGCACCUACGAUCAGUACCAGACCCAAAGAUCUCAAAGUCCAAACUUUGGGCCAGAUGAGCCUCCGGAGUUUUGUGGACAUCUGGCAGACUUGGAAGAUUCUUUGAGCAACCUUAGUAGCAACCUGGCAAAACCGAUUGCCACCAAGAUUGUCCGACCUAAUCUAGAGUAUUCUGUCUACAUGCAAAGCCAAGCAGGCCUGUUCUCAGCCAUGCCGGAAAUGAAGAAAGAAUUCACAAUGCAAUCUUGCUAUUUCAUGCCAGCUGACUGGUCCAGUCAGACUCUCACAGGGGUUUGUAGUGUACCAGUAGCUGCCCUGCCUGCAUUGGACUGGCCUCUUCCUAGCAGUGUUGAUCAGUAUGAGCUCAGAAUUGAGGUUCAGCCCAGACAACACCACCGAGCCCACUACGAGACAGAGGGCAGUAGAGGCGCUGUCAAAGCAUCUUCUGGAGGCCACCCAGUCGUUCAGUUACGAGGGUACACCGGGACGGAGCCGCUAGCUCUGCAGAUCUUCAUCGGUACGUCUGACGACAGGAACCUCAGACCACACGCUUUCUACCAAGUCCACCGCAUCACCGGCAAGACCGUCACCACCAGCAGUCAAGAACGAAUACUGAACGGGUCCAAAGUUCUAGAGGUGCCCCUGGAACCCAAGGAGAACAUGCGCGCAGUAGUUGACUAUGCUGGUAUCCUGAAACUGAGAAAUGCUGACAUAGAGUUGAAGAAAGGAGAGACAGACAUCGGACGGAAAAACACUCGAGUGAGACUGGUCUUCCGCGUCCAUGUGCCUCAACCCGGAGGCCAGUGGCUCUCUCUCCAAGUGGCUUCGCAGACUAUUGAGUGCUCUCAGAGGUCGGUCCACGAACAGCCGGCGGUAGAGCGUCAGGAUGUGGACCACUGCUCAGUUCUGGGUGGACAGCAGAUGAUCCUUAGGGGCCAGAACUUCACUCCUGAGUCCAGAGUUAUCUUCUUUGAGAAGACACAUGUUGAUUUACAGACCUGGGAGGCUGAAGCAAAAGUUUACAGAGACAAAAGCACGGCUAACUUGCUGUUUUUGGAGAUUCCUUCUUAUCGGGACCCCAACAUCUACUACCCUGUUAAAGUCAACUUUCACGUGCUGAAUGGCAAGAAGAGACACAGCCAACCUCAACACUUCACCUACACACCUUUCUCAGUGCCAUUGAUUAAGACAGAGCCUGUCGAAGAAUAUCAGUACACACAGUUAGGCUGUACUGUACGCCCCAUCAUGAGGGUGUCUCCACCCCCUCGACAUCUUACGGAUGGCUGCAUUAUGCCAAGUCGGCCCUCGAGCCUGCUGUCUCACCCUGGCAUGUACCCUACUGGCCCACAACACCACCUUCAACAACCACCAAUCCACUACCAGCUCGAUCACGCUUUGCCAGGAGACCACGCCAGCUCCCCAGGUCAUGCUUCUUGUAUGGCGACCACACAUGCUGCUACGUCGCUGUCUCCCUUUGGACCCAACACUUACCAGCACAACAUCGCUGGUGAUGCAAUACAAAUGGCUGCUUCUUUGUUUCCAACUGUUGAUAUCUCAGAGAUGUGCUCCGCUGUGGGCCAUCAGAAGGCGUACGGCUCAAGGGCUUCCCCAACCACAGGGAGGUCUCCACCAGUUCACAGCCAUCAGACAUACCUGCCCGUACAGCAUCAGAGAACCAGCAGUCCUGUGAGAGUCACCAUCAAAAAGGAGAACCUGGAUCAAACCUAUCUUGAUGAUGUGAAUGCAGUUAUAAGAAAGGACCUUGUUCCUAAAAAUUAUCGCUGAUGCCAACUGUGGAAAUAAAGCGACACAAUGAAGAUUGUUGAUGGCCUUGAUAUGCAUUUAAAAUACUGGCUUUUUUCAUAUCUAUGAUUUGUACACGGGUAAAUGAUGAUUUCAGUUGGGAUGCUCAACAAAGGUAAUAUCAGAGGUCUAGUUUAUCUUGUUUAUACACUGGCAGCCAAAAGUUUGGAAUAAUGUACAGAUUUUGCUGUUUCGUAAGGAAAUUGGUACUUUAAUUCACCAAAGUGGCAUUCAGCUGAUCACAAUGUAUAAUCAGGACAUUACUGAUGUAAAAAACAGCACCAUCACUGUUUGAAAAAAGUCAUUUUUGAUCAAAUCUAGACAGCAGCCAUCACUCCAACACCUUAUCCUUGAGUAAUCAUGAUAAAUUGAUCAUUUGAUACUAGAAAAUCACUUGCCAUUAUAUCAAACACAGUUGAAAGCUAUUUGAUUCAUUAAAUGAAGCUUAACAUUGUCUUUGUGUUUGUUUUUGAGUUGCCACAGUAUGCAAUAGACUGGCAUGUCUUAAGGUCAAUAUUAGGACAAAAAUGGCAAAAAAGAAACAGCUUUCUCUAGAAACUCAUCAUUCAAUCAUUGUAUUGAGGAAUGAAGUCUAUACAAUGCUUGAAAUUGCCCAAAACCAGAAGAUUUCAUACAAAGGUGUACACUACAGUCUUCAAAGACAAAGGACAACUGGCUCUAACAAGUACAGAAAGAGAUGUGGAAGACCAGAUGUACAACUAAACAAGAGGAUAAGUACAUCAGUCUCUAGUUUGAGAAAUAGACGCCUCACAUGUCCUCAGCUGACAGCUUCAUUGAAUUCUACUCGCUCAACACCGGUUUCAUGUACAACAGUAAAGAGAAGACUCAGGGGUGCAGGCCUUAUGGGAAGAAUUGCAAAGAAAAAGCCACUUUUGAAACAGAAAAACAAAAAGAAAAGGUUCGAGUGGGCAAAGAAACACAGACGUUGGACAACAGAUAAUUGGAAAAGAGUGUUAUGGAUCUUAACCCCAUUGAGCUUUUGUGGGAUCAGCUAGACUGUAAGGUGCGUGAGAAAUGCCCGACAAGACAGACACAUCUAUGGCAAGUGCUACAGGAAGUGUGGGGUGAAAUGUCACCUGAGUAUCUGGACAAACUGACAGCUAGAAUAACAAGGAUCUGCAAAGCUGUCAUUGCUGCACGUGGAGGAUUUUUUGAUGAGAUCUCUUUUAAGUAGUUUAAGUUUUUCAAAUUGUAAUAGUAAUUUAUCAUGUUAUUAAUGUCCUGACUAUACAUUGUGAUCAGCUGAAUGCCACUUUGGUGAAUAAAAGUACCAAUUUCUUUCCAUAGGAGCAAAAUCUGUACAUUAUUCCAAACUUUUGGCCGCCAGUGUAUAUAUUGCCUAUUUUAUCAAUUCAUGUUUUAUAAAACAAAUCCUUACGAGACAUAUUUAUCUAUGUGCAUUUUAAAUACAUUUGUUUUGAAGCAAUUGUGAGUGGCUCGUUGCUUUAGGAAUUUGGGCCACUAACACUAAAGUGAAAUCAAGUGAAAAUUUGUGUAUGUACCCUGAGAGCUUAAGACACACGACAUUCAGCAGAUGUCUUUGAGAUGUUUAUGAGUUAGAACAUUUGUAAAUCUGAUCUUUUUAAGAUUCUUAGCAGAUGUUAUUUAAAUUGUGAUGCUUUCCAGAUGAAACGCUCAUCAACAGACAUCUCGGAGAUGCACGUGUUUUCUGGGAAACACUAAAAUGAAAUCAUUUGUGAAUGUACCCCGAGAGCAGCACAAGUACAUCACCCAGAUGUCUUCAUCUGGAAAGCAUCACAAUCUUAUUACAUCUGCUAAAAGUCUUAAAAAGAUGACAUUUACAAAUAAUCUAAAUAAUGAACGUGUCAAAGACAUCUGCUGAAUGUCUUAUUGAUAUCCAAGACUUUCUUAUGGACAUAUAUCUAUAGACAUAGACUUCUGGGUGAUGUACAUGCGCUAUCAAGGUAUUGAUGUAUAUUUUGUAAUACAAUAUUUAAAAACAAAACAGUCGCUCAUGCAGAUCAACUUUAAAACCACCUGCCUAAUAUUGUGUAGGUCCCCCUCGUGCUGCCAAAAUAGCGCCAAUCCACAUCUCAGAAUAGCAUUCAGAGAUGAUAUUCUUCUCACCACAUUUGUACAGAGUGGUUAUCUGAGUUACCGUAGACUUUGUCAGUUCGAAUCAGUCUGGCCAUUCUCUGUUGACCUCUCUCAUCAACAAGGUGUUUCAGUCCACAUAACUGCCGCUCACUGGAUGUUUUUUGUUUUUGCCACCUUUCGGAGUAAAUUCUAGAGACUGUUGUGUGUGAAAAUCCCAGGAGAUCAACAGUUACAGAAAUACUCAAACCAGCCCAUCUGGCACCAACAAUCAUGCCAUGGUCCAAAUCACUGAGAUCACAUUUUUUCCCACAUUCUGAUGGUUGAUGUGAACAUUAACUGAAGCUCCUGACCCGUAUCUGCAUGAUGCACUGCAUUGCUGCCACACAACUGGCUGCUUAGAUAAUCGCAUGGAUGCUUUGUUGAUGAGAGAGGUCAACAGAGAAUGGCCAGACUGGUUUGAACUGACAAAGUCUACGGUAACUCGGAUAACCACUCUG